GAGGACCGGCGUCACCAGCCUGAGGGGGGGGUGGUAGACCAGGGAUCCCCAGUCCUGCAGGGAAACGAGACGAGGACAGGGCUGACUGGAGACCCGAGUCCUGCAGGAACAGAGACGGUACCGGCAGCUCGGAGGCUGCAGUUCCUCCAGUUCCUCCGCAUUUCACCUGGAAUACCUGCUGGUUCUGGUUCUCGGAGGCUCCAGUCCCUCAGACCGGAUCAGACCAGACCAGGCUCAGCACUUCACCUGGACUACCUGCUGGUUCUCAAUCUUCCUUGAGAGGAAGAUGAGCUGCAUCCCGGCCUCCCACAGCAUGAACAUGCUCAGUCAGGUUGAACCUCAGAUGGAGGACGGUCCGGUUCAGAGAAGAGGAAGCAGAGCCUAUCAGAUCUUUCCGGAGACCAACUCCAGCGAGGAGUCGGACUAUCCAGAGGAUUUCCAGUACCGACGGGAACGUCUGCCGUCCAUCGUGGUGGAACCGACCGAGUUCAGCGAGCAGGACGGAGGGCUAGCACGGCCGUCACGGUGUCAGGCUAGCGCGGACGAGGACGGACCAACGGAAACAUCGGUGGAGGAGCAGGAGGAGGAAACGGACAAGAGCUCGGUGAUCAGGAAGUUUUCCAUCAGUCCGUCCCAGAGUCCGGUGUCCACGUUCCACCUGACCCCCCCGGCCUCCCCGACAGCUGCUGAAGAGGCCCCGCCCUGCCUGAGGAACUGAACCGGUUUAACCAGGCCCUGCACUGCAAAAACUCAAAAUCUUAACAAGAAUAUUUAUUUCUAGUUAAAAUCACUGGAAAAAACAACAAUUUUCACCUGUUUCAAGAAGAUUUUCACUUGAAAUAAGUAGAAAAAUCUGACAAAUCUGAUCAGAUUUUUUUGCUUGUAAUAAAAAGAUAAAUCUUGUUCCACUGGCAGAUUUUUCUACUUAUUUCAAGUGAAAAUUUACUUGAAACAGGUGAAAAUUGUCAAAUAACAAGUUAUUUGUCUGGUGAUGACUCUUGUUUUAAGUGUAAUGAGAUUUUUUGACUAAAAAUGAGACAUUUUAACUAGAAAUAAGACAAAUAUUCCUGGUAAGAUUUGGAGUUUUUGCAGUGUGGAAACCUCUGGAAACCCCUGGAACGGUGUAGACGUGGAUCUGUAACCGUCGGCAAGAACACUGAACGUCCCCAGUGGCGCCACCAGGGGGAUAUACUGUAUAUAUAUAUAUAUAUAUAUAUAUAUAUAUAUAUAUAUAUAUAUAUAUAUAUAUAUAUAUAUAUAUAUAUAUAUAUGUAUUAAUAAAAUAAAUAUAUGAUAUAUUAGAAUAUAUAUGAUAUAUAUUCUAUAUUAAAAAUACAUUCCCCAUGUACCAUCUGGCCCCUGAACGCGAUUACAGACGUGGAUCCUUUUACGUUUAUUACUGUGUCUUUAAACAGUUUCCAUCAGUUUUUAGUGUCGUAUAAUCUUUGCCUGGACUGUGAGGUUGUUCGGGUGUGAAGAUCCGUCCUCGUUGGUCGGGAAUCGGACCUGAAACCAGGAAUCAGCCGGGGCUGCAAAGGUGGUACUUUUUCAGACACUUUCCUUAAGAGGUUACACUGAGCAAUUUUAGAAAUAUUCCAAUUAUCAAUUGGGAUUAACAGAAAUACGGAAGAGAAUCAGGGCCGUGCAGGAGAACAAAUAUUUGAGAGGGGAAGAUUUUUUUUAUGGUGCACUUCUCCUGCCGGGCCCUGAUACUCUCCCGUACAGAAAUAUACGAGAAUUAACAUGAAAAUAUUAAAAUAUUAAACAUCUUGUGGUUACUUGGGCUGAAUGUUGCUGCAUCUUUGUGGCAUUUUGUUUUCACGUGAAAAUGUCAUUUUUAAUUUCAUUUGAAAGAAUAUUGAUUUAUUUAAUUUUAUAGUGUGGUCUAGCUCUGGGGUUUAUUUUUAAGUUUUUAAGUUUAUUAUUACGCCCUCAGUUCAACGGAGAAGCAGAAAUCUGACUGUAGAGACUCAACUAAGUAAAGCUGGAAGAGAAAAUGAGAAAAUGAGAGUUAAACCCGAGCAAACAACAUAAUCCAGAAGAGAAUCAACCUCCGAGCUGCUAAAAUGAUCUUCACGUUGCCUCAACGUUGGUAUUUGUACAGUAUUUUUAGAGAUAUAAACACUUUUUAUUCCUUCUGUGUUGGUUUUUGGAUCCAGACAUCGUGGCAGUUGCACCUUUCUCCAGUUACGAGUUAAUCUUGAUGUUAAAAGAAAUAAACACAUUUACACUCUGGUCCAAAAGGCAGUUUUGUUUUCUAUAGUUACAUUUCUAACUCAUGACUGUACUGAUAAACGUUGUUGUUUCUGCUUGUGUAAAUGAUGUUAAACCUCAUGUAAUUACGUUGUUUUAGCUCCAACAUGAUGAACUCUGAGCUGGGAAUAAAAACCA